CAUUGACUUCUUGUUGACCUUUCCAAAUGAAGCCGCGGCAUCGCUUGUACAGAAUCUUCAGUGCCCAGUCCGGAAGCUCCAACACAGCUAGAAAGUGAAGGGGGAUGGCCAUGAGCACCGAUUUGUACCCCAAGUCCCCAAAAAUGCCGCGAUUUGGCGCCCUGGCGCCCAAGACUAACCUGGUGGUGGCCGGCGGCCUGACCGGGUUCGUCUUCGGCGUCUACUACUACACCAUGCGGGCGGUGGGUGGCACGGACGAGCUCCAAGUCGCCAUCGACAAGUUUGAGGACCUGAAGAUGAAGGAUGACGUUGCUGCCGUGAACCCGUCUGCCCCAGGAUCAUCAUAGGAAAAACAUGCUACAAUUUCCCGCCCUGUCCCGGGCUUUCUAUCUAGUAGUAGUUACUGCCCCCAUAAGCUGCACAGGAACCAAUAACCCAUUGUGUGUACAUAUAAUAACUUGAAGCUUUGUGCGCCGCCUCACCGUUCCUUUGCAUACCAAUCUCAGCGCCAUCAUGGCACCCGCAGAGUGGUCCUACAGUGUUCUUUCUUUUUAGUGUCAUCAAGUUGACUGUACAGGAACAUUGAUCUAAUAUGGACAACAUGGCUGAAAUUGCACAAUUUCAGGUGAAUUUUAGAAGCUA